AUGUCGCAAGAGGCCUCUGUUGGGCGGCGGCCCGGCGAGGCAGGGAGCGAGAAAAGCUCUCCUCAGGAGGAGAAUGCGGGCGUUGGCAAAGGCACAGGUUCGGGUCACAGGACGCUGCUCUAUGGCAAUGCCGUCCUCCUCAGGCACCAGAACUCCAACAUGUACCUGGCCUGCCUCUCCACCAGCUCUUCCAAGGACAAGCUGGCCUUCGACGUAGGUCUACAGGAGCACUCCAAGGGAGAGUCCUGCUGGUGGACCAUCCACCCGGCCAGCAAGCAGAGGUCUGAGGGCGAGAAGGUUCGAGUCGGCGACGACCUCAUCCUUGUGUCUGUUGCCACCGAGCGAUAUCUGCAAGCAACACGUGAAGACGAACAGAGCAUCGUGAACGCCUCCUUCCACGUCACCCACUGGUCCGUCGCGCCCUUUGGCACCGGCCUCUCCAGACUCAAGUUUGUGGCCUGUGUGUUCGGCGGAGAGGUUCUUCGGUUCUUCCACGGAGGCGACGAGUGCCUCUCUAUUCCUUCCACGUGGUCCGACCAACCCGGGCAGAACAUCGUCGUAUAUGAAGGUGGCUCCGUGACCUCCCAAGCUAGGUCCCUCUGGCGCCUGGAACUCGCCCGUACCAAGUGGUCUGGCGGCUACAUCAACUGGUUCCACCCCAUGCGAAUCAGGCACAUCACCACCGGCAGAUACCUGGGCAUAAAUGAGAACAAUGACCUCGUCCUUUUGCACAGGGACGAAGCCACACUCGCUGCCACGUCCUUCUACCUGCGCGAGGAAAAGGACGACAACAAAGUGAUCCUCGAGGACAAGGACUUGGAGGUGAUUGGCACUCCACUCAUCAAGUACGGCGACUCCACUGUCAUUGUGCAGCACGUGGAUACCGGUCUGUGGCUCUCGUACAGGGCCUUCGAGAUCAAGAAGAAGGGCGUGGGCAAGGUGGAAGUGAAGCAGGGCACACUCCACGAAGAAGGUAAGAUGGACGACGGCCUGGUCUUCUACAGGAGUCAAGAGGAGGAGUCCCGCACUGCCCGCGUUAUCAGGAAGUGCUCGCAUCUCUUCACGAUCUUUAUCAAGGGUUUGGAUAACAUUCAGGCUUCUCGCCGUCACUCCAUCCUCCUAAGAACUGUCAACCUCAAGGAAAUGAUCAGCUGUUUGGAAGAUCUCAUCAACUACUUCGCAUAUCCCGAAGAAGAGCUAGAACACGAGGAACGCCAGGUGGCUCUCCGCGCUCUCAGGAACCGCCAAGACCUGUUCCAAGAGGAGGGCAUCCUGAACCUUAUCUUAGACGCCAUCGACAAGAUCACAGUCAUCACCUCCCAGGGCUACAUGGUGGCUCUGGCGGGAGAGGAAGCUGGCCAGGACUGGGAGAUCAUCUCGGGAUACCUGUACCAGCUGCUGGCGGCGGUGAUUAAGGGUAACCAUACCAACUGCUCCCAGUUCGCCAACAGCCACCGCCUCAACUGGCUGUUCUCCCGCUUGGGCUCCGCUGGCGAGGGCACCGGCAUGCUGGAUGUGUUGCACUGCGUCCUCAUCGACUCCCCGGAGGCUCUCAAUGUCAUGAAGGAAGAACAUAUCAAGGUCAUCAUCGCCCUGUUAGAGAAGUACGGCCGCGACCCCAAGGUACUGGACGUCCUCUGUUCUCUGUGCGUGGGUAACGGAACCGCUGUCAGGUCUUCGCAAAAUAACAUCUGUGAUUACCUGCUCCCGGGUCGCAAUCUCCUGCUUCAGACACAACUCGUUGACCACGUGUCCAGCGCCCGCCCCAACAUCUUCGUGGGCCACGUCGAGGGCUCGGCCAUGUACCAGAGGUGGUACUACGAGCUCACCUUGGACCACAUCGAGCAGGUGUCGCAUCUGUCGCCCCACCUGCGCCUCGGCUGGGCCAACACCAAGGGCUACGUCAGCUAUCCCGGAGGAGGCGAGAAGUGGGGAGGCAAUGGCGUAGGCGACGACCUCUACUCCUUCGGCUUCGACGGCUCGUACCUCUGGACCGGCGGGAGGUACACCCUGGUCAAUCCUCAGGACUCGGAGCCCCUAAUCAAGAAAGGUGACGUGGUCGGCUGUGCCCUGGAUCUCACAGUGCCAAUCAUUACCUUUUACCUGAAUGGACGGCAGGUUAAUGGCGCUUUCACUGGCUUUAAUCUUGACGGCAUGUUUUUCCCCGUCGUUUCGGCUUCUUCCAAGCUCAGCGUGAGGUUCUUGCUGGGCGGUGAACACGGUCGCCUCAAGUACCCCCCUCCUGAUGGACACUCUCCCGUCUCCGAGUGCCUUCAGCCCUUCCAGACGCUGUCGAUCGACCCCUGCUUCUACUUCGGCGAGCAGCACAAGGGCACUCUCGCUGGGCCUCUCCUUGUGGAAGACGACAAGGUGUUUGUGCCGAAGCCUGUCGACACUUCAACGAUCCAACUCCCCGGCUACAUCGAACAAGUACGAGACAAACUGGCCGAGAACAUUCACGAGAUGUGGGCCAUGAACAAGAUUGAACAGGGCUGGACUUAUUCUGAACGCAGGGAUGACCUUCGCCUCCACCACCCUUGUCUGACGUCCUUCGAGAAGCUUCCGAUCAGCGAGAAACGAUAUGAUUCCACGCUGGCUCUGCAGACGCUCAAGACCGUGCUGGCGCUGGGAUACCACAUCACCCUGGACAAGCCGCCCAGCCGAAUCCGGUCUGUCCGACUGCCCAACGACCCCUUCCUGCAGAGCAACGGUUACAAGCCACAGCCUCUCGAUCUCUCACAGGUCAGCCUAACCCCGAAACUGGAAGAGUUGGUCGACCAGCUGGCCGAGAACACCCACAACAUCUGGGCUCGCGAACGUAUCCUUCAGGACUGGACUUACGGCCUGAACGAGGACCCUGACAUGCGUCGUUCGCCUCACCUGGUCAGCUACGCGAACGUGGACGAGGCGAUCAAGAAAGCCAACAGGGACACGGCCUCCGAGACCAUCAGGACGCUCCUGGUCUACGGCUACAUCCUGGAGCCUCCCACAGGCGAUCAGGCAGAAGGCGGAGGCGACGCAGAAGACACCAGCCGACGCGCCAGCCAGCACCGCACGUACCGCCUGGAGAAGACCAACGCGGUGACGUCGGGCAAGUGGUACUUCGAGCUGGAGGUGCUGACGUCAGGGCCCAUGCGAGUCGGUUGGCUGGAGGUCGGUAGCCCGCCCGGCGCCGAACUCGGAUCCGACGACAAGUCCUGGGCCUUCGACGGUUUCCAUGAGGAGAAAUGUCACGCGGGCACGAUGGAGAGCUACGGUCACAAGUGGCAAGUCGGAGACGUGGUUGGCGUGUGCCUUGAUCUGGUCGACAGAACUAUCAGUUUCUCGCUCAACGGAGAGCUCAUGAUGGACGCGAGCGGCUCCGAGACGGCCUUCUGCGACGUGCAGGGCGAUGCGUUCGUGCCGGCCUGCACCCUCGGCGUCGGCCAGAAGGCGCACUUUGUCUUCGGCCAGGACAUCAACCAGCUCAAAUUCUUCACUACUUACGGUCUUCAGGAGAGCUACGAGCCCUUCUGCGUGAACAUGGAGCGUCCCGUGACUUUCUGGUACACGAAGGACCAGCCCAUCUUCGAGAACAACGACGACCUCGCCGACUCCACCAUCGACGUCACCCGUAUCCCCGCCGGCUCCGACACUCCCCCGUGCCUCAAGAUCGCGUCCAAGAUGUUUGAGCAAUGCGAGAAGGCCAACUGGGAGUUCCUGAGGCUGUCGCUGCCCGUGGUGUGCGACCAGGAGUUCAUCGAUGAGGAAGAGAAGGCCAGGCGAUGGCAGGAGGUGAGGAUCCGGCAGAACAGGAUCCAGAGCGGGGACAUUCAGGGCCCCGCCGCCUUCGAGAGCUCCCUCGUCGAUACCGGCUUUUCUAUGUCCGAUAUCAAAGAGCUGCAUUACAACGAGGAAGGUGUAGAGGCCGAUGAAGGAAUCGUGCGCAAGGAAGCAGCUGUCACCCCUGAGAAGGCCGCCUCCCUGACGCCCGAGGUGAACGGCGUGCCGGAGGAGGGCGCCCCCGAGCCCUCUGAGAGGAAGAAGCGGGGCAAGUCUCCCUUCAGGUUCUUCAGCAAGAAGCGCGAGGCGAGUGCUGAGCGAGGUCGGAGCAAGGGCCGCACCCCUGAGCCGACCUCCAACAGCCUAGAGCCCCAGCGCCCUGCUAAGAAGACUCGUUCUCCCUCCGUCAGGCUAGCGCAAGGCGAGGCCAAGCUCGUCCCGCCAGCUAUCCCGGAGAGACAGGGCGCGAGCGACGAGGCGCGCGAGGAGCAGCUCUUCGACUCCGGCUGCCUCAAGCUCAUGAACGAGUACUUCUACGGCGUGAGGAUCUUCCCCGGCCAGGACCCGGCGCACGUGUACAUCGGCUGGGUCACGACGCAGUACCACAUCCACGACACCGCCUUCGACCAGAACAAGGUGCGCUCGGUCAUCGUGCAGGAGUACACGGAGGAGGGCCACAUCAAGAGCGCUGUGGAGCGACACAGCUGCUACAUGUUCCGCGCCGACGAACUCCACGCGGAGGUCUCCUCGGACGUGGGCGGCAAGGGCACGUCGCAGGGCAUGUUCAUCGGGUGCUUCAUCGACACCUCCACUGGCUUCAUCACCCUGCAGUGCGACGGCAAGGAUACCCGCCACAAGUACCGCAUGGAGCCCGGCACCAAGCUCUUCCCCGGCGUGUUCCUGGAGCCUACCAGCAAGGAGGUGCUGCAGAUCGAGCUGGGACGCACAGCCACCACGCUCCCUCUCAGCGCCGCCGUCCUCCAGAACAGCGAGAAGCACGUCACUCCUCAGAUGCCGCCGCGCCUCAGGGUCCAGAUCCUGAAGCCCCACCAGUGGUCUCGAGUCCCCAACACGUCCCUGAGGAUCCACGCCCUCAAGCUCUCAGACAUCCGUGGCUGGUCCAUGCUGGCUGAGGACUCGGUGCCAAUGCUCGCCCUCCACAUCCCCGAGGAGGACCGGUGCAUCGACAUCCUCGAACUCAUCGAGUACGACAAAUUACUCGCCUUCCACACGCAGACGUUAGCCCUAUAUUGCGCUGUGUGUUACCAGAGCAACUACAGGGCCGCCCAUACGCUGUGUUCUCACGUGGACCAGAGGCAGCUGCUGUACGCCAUGCAGAGCGAGUACAUGUCGGGCCCGCUCAGGAUGGGCUUCUACAACCUCGUCAUUUCUCUGCAUCUGGAGAGUUUCGCUUCUACGAUGGAGGUGACCCAGAACGAGUUUAUCGUGCCACUGAGCAACGACCUGAAGGAGAUCUACCAGGAGGAAGGCAUGGGCAAUUCCAUGUCAGCCACGCACACCGAAUCCGUCCGACCUGUCAUGACCAUGUCAGAUAUCUCUGCCAACAUCGAGACGAUCAAAGGCCUCUCGUCACCCUACUUCCCGCUCGACGUCGCCCGCGAGUUCGUCAUGGCUUCUCUCAACGAAGCCGUCAACACGAACCAGGUGCACAACAGGGACCCCAUCGGCGGCUCCAACGAGAAUCUCUUCGUGCCGCUGCUGAAGCUGGUGGACAAGCUCCUCUUGGUGGGCGUUCUUCAGGACGAGGACAUCACAAAGCUCCUCAUCAUGAUCGACCCUCAGACGUGGGACGCAGAGUUCGACCCCGAGGGCAAAGAUGAAAACAGGAAGGGUAUCGUACAAAUGGAGAUCGCCGAGGGAGUAAAGUUGCAAUUAUGCUACGUCCUGCAUCAUCUUCUGGACUUGCAGAAGCGCCAUCGCGUUGAAAACAUCAUCGCUUUCGCGCAGGAUUACGUUGGCGAUAUCCAACAAGACCAGUUGCGGCGCUACAUCGAGAUCAAGCAGUCCGACCUUCCUUCGUCGGUCGCGGCCAAGAAGACGCGAGAGUUCCGCUGCCCCCCUCGUGAGCAGAUGAACGCCAUCCUCGGCUUCAAGACGCUCACUGACGAGGAGCUCGAGGAGUCGCCUUGUCGGGAGGAGCUGAGGAAUGUCCUCAUUGACUUCCACGACCUCCUGAUGGUCAAGGCCAAGAUCCCUGGUGGAGAGGAGGAAGAAGGCGAUGCUGAGGGCAAAGAUGAAAACAGGAAGGGUAUCGUACAAAUGGAGAUCGCCGAGGGAGUAAAGUUGCAAUUAUGCUACGUCCUGCAUCAUCUUCUGGACUUGCAGAAGCGCCAUCGCGUUGAAAACAUCAUCGCUUUCGCGCAGGAUUACGUUGGCGAUAUCCAACAAGACCAGUUGCGGCGCUACAUCGAGAUCAAGCAGUCCGACCUUCCUUCGUCGGUCGCGGCCAAGAAGACGCGAGAGUUCCGCUGCCCCCCUCGUGAGCAGAUGAACGCCAUCCUCGGCUUCAAGACGCUCACUGACGAGGAGCUCGAGGAGUCGCCUUGUCGGGAGGAGCUGAGGAAUGUCCUCAUUGACUUCCACGACCUCCUGAUGGUCAAGGCCAAGAUCCCUGGUGGAGAGGAGGAAGAAGGCGAUGCUGAGGAAGCACCGGAACCCGAAUCGAAGGGCAUGAUGUCCAAAGUCCUUGCCAUCCUCAGCGGGAACAAGGAAGAGGCCCCAGAAGCCCCGGCCAAGGAACCCAUCGCCCUCGACAGCGCCGACAAGUUCAAGAAGGUCCUGGUGAACACGAUCGUUCGCUGGGCAUCCGAAACCUUCAUCGAAAACCCAAUUCUUAUCAGGGAGAUGUUCAGCCUGCUACUGCGACAGUACAACAGCAUCGGGGAGCUGAUGACGGCCCUGGAGAAGACCUACGUCAUCAGCAGCAACACCAAGAAGGACGUGGAGACACUGUGGCUGUGCCUGAGCAAAGUGCGAGCUCUUCUGCCUGUCCAGAUGUCGCAGGAGGAGGAGGAGCUCAUGAGGGAGUUGCUGUGCCUCCGAAACCUACUUCAACAGUCUUUCCCUUCCGACACUUCGCACGAGAUGGUGGUCGCCUGCUGCAAGUUCCUUUGUUACUUCUGCCGGACGAGUCGCCAGAACCAGAAGGCCAUGUUCGACCACCUGCCCUUCCUGCUGGAUAACUCGAACAUCCUGCUCUCGAGGCCCUCCCUGCGCGGCACGACUCCUCUCGACGUGGCCUACUCCUCGCUCAUGGACAACACCGAGCUGGCUCUGGCUCUCAGUGCUACGGUCUGGCUUGAGCUGGCCUGCAGUGUUCGCUCCCUUUUUACCAGGUCUGAACAGGGAUCAAGAAAAGCAUGGCACUUGAAAGUCAAAAUGCAAAUUGAAAAAAUGAUAAAUAAGAAUAAGACUGUGCGGAUUAUAUCAGAUAAAACGUAUGAAGUUUAUAACAAAAAUGGGAAUAUGGAAUCUCAUUCUUUUGAAAGCGAGAGUGUGGAGGAAAACGCCAACUUGGUCAUCCGUCUGCUGAUCCGCCGCCCGGAGUGCCUGGGUCCCGCGCUCAGGGGUGAGGGCGAAGGCCUCCUCUGCGCCAUCAUCGACGCUAAUAAGAUGUCCGAGCGCAUCGCCCUUCAGCGCUUGGGAGCCGAGGCCGAGGGCGUCGUGCCCAUCGAGCACCCAAUGCCCGCGGGAGACGACGACGAGGACUACGUGGACACCGGCGCCGCCAUUCUCAACUUCUACUGCACCUUGGUCGACCUCAUGGGCCGCUGUGCCCCAGAGGCCAACGUCAUCGCCCAGGGCAAGAAUGACAGCCUUCGUGCCCGGGCUAUUCUCCGCUCCCUCGUGCCCCUGGAGGACCUGCAGGGCGUCCUGUCGCUGCGAUUCACGCUGUCCAACUCCUCCGAUGAAGGCAGGAGCGACAUGCCCCCGGGUCUCAUCCCCGCCCAUAAGCAGAGCAUCGUGCUCUUCCUCGAGCGUGUCUACGGCAUGAACAACAAGGACCUCUUCUUCAGCCUUCUCGAAGACGCUUUCCUACCUGACCUGAGAGCCGCCACAGCACUCGAUAAGUCCGACGGCUCCGAGUCCGAGAUGGGUCUCGCCCUCAACCGCUACAUCGGAAACUCCAUCCUGCCGGCGCUCAUCUCGCACUCCAGCUUCUACGCCGAGGCUGAGGCCCACGCGCCCCUGCUGGAUGCCACGCUCCACACCGUCUAUAGGCUCUCCAAGUGCAAGAUCCUGACGAAGGGCCAGCGAGAGGCCGUGUCCGACUUCCUGGUGGCUCUGACCCGCGAGAUGCAGCCGGCCGCCCUCCUGCCGCUCCUCCGCAAGCUGACCAUUGACGUCUCCAAGUUGUCGGAGUACACCACCGUCGCCCUCAGGCUGCUGACCCUGCACUACGAGCGCUGCGGAAAGUACUACGGCUCCUCCUCCAACACCCCCGGCACCGCCUCCGAGGAAGAGAAGCGCCUGACCAUGAUGCUCUUCACCAACAUCUUCGACUCCCUGGCCAAGAUGGAGUACGACCCAGACCUGUUCGGCAAGGCUCUGCCAUGCCUCUCAGCUAUCGGUUGUUCUCUGCCCCCCGACUACUCGCUCACCCAUGGCUACGACGACGAGCUCUACAACACCGCCUCCUGCGCCGAGGGACCGUACAAGCCCGCCCCCAUCAGCACGGAUGAGGUGCAGUUGGACCAGGACAUCGUGGACCUGAUCAACAAGUUCAGCGAGCACUACCACGACGCUUGGGCCUCACGCAAGCUGGAGAGCGGCUGGACCUAUGGUGAAGCCUACUCCAUUGAGGACAAGAUGCAUCCUAGACUCAAGCCUUAUUCCAUGCUGUCGGAUUACGAGCGGGAACGAUACCGCGAGCCUGUGAGGGAAGCCAUCAAGGCCCUUCUUGCCCUCAGCUGGAACAUCGAGUACGAGAGCAUGGAGAACACGAGCGCCGGCCGAGAGCAGCUGCACCGCCAGGACACCUCCGAUCUGUACAACUACAACCCACAACCUGUGGACAUGACCAACCUGACGCUGUCCAGGGAGAUGCAGAACAUGGCCGAGCGCCUGGCGGAGAACGCGCACGACAUCUGGGCCAAGAGGAAGGUCGAGGAACUGGAGGCUUGCGGUGGCGGCCUGCACCCUCAGAUGGUGCCAUACGACAUGCUGACAGAGAAGGAGAAGCGAAAGGACCGCUUCCGCUCCAUCGAGCUGCUCAAAUACCUUCAGUUCAUGGGCUACAGGCUCAGCAGGAGCGGCGCCGUUGAGGACAGCGGUGCAGGAGCCGCAGGAGCCGUCGAGCGUCGCUUCGCCUACAGUCUGCUCGAGAAGCUGCUGCAGUACCUGGAUUGCGCAGCCAUCAACAUGAAGCUGCUGAAGCCCUCUGCUAAUCUCUCCAGGCGAAGCUCCUUCAAGACUUCGACUAAGGAUGUCAAAUUCUUCUCGAAGGUCGUGCUCCCGCUGAUGGAGAAAUACUUCAGCACCAACCGCAAUUACUUCCUGACGGUGGCACAGACGUCGACUAUGGUGGGUGCGGCGUCUCUCAAGGAGAAAGAGAUGGUCGCUUCCCUCUUCUGCAAACUUGCUAAUCUCAUGCGUCUCAAGAUGGUCUGCUUCGGUUCUGAUACAAAGGUUACGGUGAAGUGCCUACAGGUGAUAGUGCGCUCCGUCGACGCCAAGACGCUGGCCAAGAGUCUCCCCGAGUUCAUUCGCACGUCGAUGCUCACUUUCUUCAACAACGCAGCCGUCGAUCUAGAGAUGUGCAUUCACUGUCUUCAGGAGGGUAAAUACGCCUACAUUCGAGGUACUCACUUGAAGACUUCGGCAUCUCUCAACUACGUGCAGACAGUUCUUCUGCCGGUGCUCACCUCGCUGUUCGAUCACACGGCAGCCUGCGAGUUCGGGCAAGAUCUCCUGUUGGACGAGAUCCAAGUGGCUUGCUACAAGAUCCUGGCGGCGCUUUACCAGCUGGGCACCGACCUCACUCUCGAUGGCAACAGAACCUUCAUGAAGAAGGAACUGGACCGCCAUCGUCCGGCCAUCGGCAACUGCCUCGGGGCCUUCGCUGGAACGUUCCCCGUGGCCUUCCUGGAGCCGCUCAUGAACAAGAACAACCCCUGGAGCAUUCACAACCGCAUUGCCGAUCAGUCCCUGGAGGCUCAAGAAAUCAUCGUGAAGAUGGAGACAGCCAUGCCGACCCUGGAAGCCGUCAUGAAGGAAGUAGAGAAGUUCGUAGACGACGAAUCCAAACACACCGAGUUCCCUUACAUCAUCGACGUCAUCCUGCCCAUGCUGUGCUCCUACCUGCCCUUCUGGUGGAAUCAGGGACCGGAUAACGUGAAUCCAUCUGAGGGCAACCACGUGUCGAUGGUGACGUGUGAGCACAUGAACCAGCUCCUGCGCCUGGUGCUGCGUCUCAUCAUGUUCAACGUGGGUGUGGAGAACGCCCCUUGGAUGACCCGCAUCGCCGGCUACACCCAGCAGAUCAUCAUCAACUCCAGCGAGGAACUGCUCAAGGACGCUUACCUUCCCCUGGCCGAGAGGGUCCACAAGCGAACGGAAUACAUGUACAACAAGGAGGAGAAUCUCAGGAGUUUCCUCAAGUCCACCACCGAAGAUACAAGUCAGGUCGAGAGCCAACUUCAAGAGGAAUGGCAACUGCUCACGAGGGACAUAUAUGCCUUCUAUCCUCUGCUCAUCAAGUACGUCGACCAGCAGAGGAACCACUGGCUCAAGCACGGUGUCCCAGAGGCUGAGGAUGUGUACAACCGUGUCUCACAGAUCUUCCACAUCUGGUCAAACUCACAGUACUUCCGACGAGAGGAGACGAACUUCAUCAGCCAGAACGAGAUCGACAACAUGACCCUGAUCAUGCCCACGGCCUCCUCCCGCAACCGCACCGCCGUCCUGCCCGAGGCGGCGGCUGGAGGCGGCAAGGUAAAGAAGAAGAAGAGGCGCGCCGACGGCAAGAAGAUGAGCAAGGAGAAGGAACUCGCGUCCUCUCUCAUGGUAGCUUGUCUGAAGCGCCUCCUGCCGGUGGGUCUCAACCUCUUCGCAGGUCGAGAACAGGAGCUCGUGCAACACUGCAAAGAGAAGUUCCUUGCGAGAGUACCUGAAUCCGAGAUCUUGGUGUUCGCCAAGACUCAGCUGACGUUGCCCGACAAGAUCGACCCGUCUGACGCCAUGAAUUGGCAGCACACGUUAUACUCGCGCCUCGGAGGCGGCCGCGUCCCGAGGGAAGACGACGAGGAGAAGAAGCUGGUCCCGACCGUAGACGAGACCGUCGAUAACAUCGUCGCCAUGGCUAAGGUCCUCUACGGCCUUCAUAUUAUCGACCACCCUCAAUCGUCCAAGGAAGUCUGGCGUUCAGUCGUGUCCAUCCAGCGCAAGCGAGCCGUCAUCGCCUGCUUCAGACAGACGUCCCUCCACAUGAUGCCAAGGCAUCGCGCCGUCAAUCUGUUCCUCCGCACGUACCGAGAGUAUUGGCUCUCGGACGAAAACGUGGGGCAGGAGGUCGUCAUCGAGGAUCUGACGCAAUCCUUCGAGGAGGCCGAAAGCAAGAAGAAGGAAGCCGAGGAGGACGACGGCAAGCCCGAUCAGCUGACGCAGCUCGUCACGACCUUCAGCAGGAAAGCGACGACCGAGCACACUGGCGUCUUGGCCGAGGACCCGCUUUACAUGUCUUACGCCGAUAUCAUGGCUAAGUCAUGCGGCGAAGAAGAAGAGGAAGGAGAAGAAGAAGGAGGGGGAGAGGAAGAAGGAGGCAACGAGGACCCAGCAGCUGCUCUUAAUGAACAAGAGUUGGAGAAACAGAAACUGCUGUUCCACCAGGCGAGACUGUCCAACAGAGGCGUCAGCGAGAUGGUGUUGCUGCACGUCUCUGCCGCCAGAGGUCAGCCUAGCGACAUGGUCAUGAACACGCUCAAGUUGGGCAUCUCCAUUCUGCGUGGCGGCAACGUGGACGUCCAGGCGGCUAUGCUGAACUACCUGAAGGAGAAGAAGGACGCUGCGUUCUUCCUGUCCAUCGCCGGCCUCAUGAACUCCUGCUCCGUGCUCGACCUGGACGCCUUCGAGCGCAACACGAAGGCAGAGGGCCUGGGCGUGGGCGCCGAUGGGUGCGCGGGCGAGAAGAACAUGCACGACGCCGAGUUCACCUGCGCCCUCUUCCGUUUCAUCCAACUCACCUGUGAAGGCCACAACCUCGACUGGCAGAACUACCUGAGGACACAGGCAGGAAACACCACGACGGUGAACGUGAUCAACUGCACUGUCGACUACCUGCUGCGCCUUCAGGAGUCUAUCAUGGACUUCUACUGGCACUACUCGUCCAAGGAAAUCAUUGACCCUGCCGGCAAGGCCAACUUCUUCAAGGCCAUUGGUGUUGCUAGCCAGGUGUUCAACACCCUGACUGAGGUGAUCCAGGGCCCGUGCGUGGGCAACCAGCAGACGCUGGCGCACUCCCGUCUGUGGGACGCCGUCGGCGGCUUCCUCUUCCUGUUCGCCAACAUGCAGGAUAAGCUCAGCAAGCAUUCCUCCCAGGUGGAUCUGCUCAAGGAUCUGCUCAACCUCCAGAAGGACAUGGUCAUCAUGAUGCUCUCUAUGCUUGAGGGUAACGUGGUUAAUGGUACCAUUGGUAAGCAGAUGGUGGACACCUUAGUGGAGAGCGCUUCUAACGUCGAGCUGAUUCUGAGGUACUUCGAUAUGUUCCUUAAACUGAGGGACCUCACGAGCUCGACAACCUUCCAGGAACUCGACACCAACAAAGAUGGCACUGUCACGCCCAUCGAGUUCAAGGAGAAAAUGGAACAGCAGAAGAACUACACCACCGAGGAGAUCAACUUCCUCCUGAUGUGCUGCGACACGAACCACGACGGCAAGAUCGACUACGUGGAGUUCACCGAGCGCUUCCACAACCCGGCCAAGGAAAUCGGCUUCAACUUGGCCGUGCUGCUGACCAACCUGUCCGAACACAUGCCCAACGAACCCCGACUUGCGCGCUUCCUUGAGACUGCCGGCUCUGUCCUGAACUACUUCGAGCCCUUCCUGGGUCGAAUCGAGAUCAUGGGCAGCUCGAAGCGCAUCGAACGCGUGUACUUCGAGAUCAAGGAGGAGAACAUCGACCAGUGGGAGAAGCCUCAGAUUAAGGACUCGAAGCGCAGUUUCUUCUACGCCAUCGUCACUGAGGGAGACAAGGAGAAGCUGGAGGCCUUCGUCAACUUCUGCGAGGACGCCAUCUUUGAGAUGCAGCACGCCACCGCCCUGAUGGAAGAGGAAGACGAUGCCAUGUCCAAGAAAUCGAACGCGGACGGCCUCAAGUACCUCAGUGAAGACGAAGAAGAAAAGACCGGCAUGGACCUGAUCAAGUCGAAGAUCGGAGGCGUGAAGGACCAGAUGCUCGAGGGUCUCUCGGUCUUCGCUCCCUCCAACCUCAAGAAGAAGAUCAAGGAAAUCAAGCAGAUGUCGUCCACCGAACUCGCAGUUGGCUUCUGUCGCCUCCUGUUCCUCAUCAUGUACCACAGCGCGUUUGGAGUGUUCUACGUGUUACGCAAUGUAUGGCAGGCUCUCAUGGGUCUCAUGCAAGGACCUCCUGUGGAAAAGGCUGAAGAAAAGGAAGAAAAGGCAGGACCGUUAGUACCGUUAGCAGUACCGGCGUUACCUGAGAUACCAGAAGGAGACGCUGCGCCGCCCGCUGAAGAAGGCAAAAAACCGGAAGGCGAACAAUUAUCCCUGGAGGCCGCGGAUUUGACCCAAGAGGAGAAGGUGAAGCCCAUCUUAGACGCCCUGGCUGACCUCAAGGAGGACAUCACUGCCGAAGAGGCGAUCUCGGCUGCCAAGUUAGUCCCGAUACACGUGUUUCUGCUACUGCUUUUUUUUUCUUUCUUUCUUUUCAUACACAAGUCGUCUUUUCUUUCUCCCUACUGUGGUAACCUGUGGCUGGAAGGAGAUGCUCCAGAGAUCGACACACUCAGCAUAAUCAAAUACAUUACACUUUCACCCCAGGAGCCAUCUCCCCUUUCCUCCCCUCCCCCUCUGGGGUCCUUCACUCCCCACUCCGCCUCUCUGGGUCUCCACCCCCCCGCCAUCCCUGAGCACAGCGCCGUCCAUACCCCAGUCACUCCCUCUGGCCUCAGUGCCACCUCGACCACCACUGCUGGCCUCCUGGCUUUGUCGGGGUCGACGUCGGGGCUACACAUGCGAAAGAGCCAGACGGUGCCCACCAUGCCCACUCCCGUCUCCUCCUCGGCGGUCUCGUACUCCCUCAGUGACUACGAGGCUAUCGCAUACUGCCAAGCCGCGAACCUGGAGGCAGCCGCAGCUGAGAGAGAAGACUUACGGCGCUCUGGCAUCAUCUCUUUCAGCCCGAUCUCAUCUCACGAGUCUUCCCUACUGUCUCUGUCGCCGGCAGUGGCGCCACUGUCUUCCUAUGGGGGAACCACUGACGGCACUCUCGCCUCGGUGCCCAGACCCUCGACGUCGAAACCCUCUCACUCAACCUCCUCGCCUGCCAUAAGCAGUUCCUCUGCUUCCCAUGUAGACAGACCGAGCACUUCUACAUCCACCCCCACAGGGCUCCGGCACCGGCCGCGACACGCGUCUUCUCCUUCGACGCCUGUGGCUGCUCAAUCUACUAUAGACACCUGUCCCUCUCCCACAGCUCCCACACCCUCGACGAGCUCGUCAGGUGACACGCCUGGGCGCAAGGCCAGCAAAUUCCCCCAUUCUCAGUCCUCUCCGACGGUGGCUUUCGCGUCCUCCUCAGGCCACGCAGCACCGCGAUCCUCUCAGUCUGUAACGUUCGCGCAGUCCUCUGGCAAACAGGCGGCGUCAGCUGGAACUGGAGCCAGCAUCCGGCGGUCCUUUUCCCUCUUGCAGUCUGUUCAGUCGAAAUUUGACAUGUCACACCCCGAUCACUCCGAGAGCCCCUCAGACCCAUCUCUGGCUGCCUCAACACCAGUGUUGUCAGAUCCUGUCAUCUCUCUCUCCACGCCGUCGUCACCCGACCACCCCCCUCAGUAUGACGAGGUCCUGUCGAUCUCCAUCCCGACAGACCCGCUUAUGUCGCAGGUCACGGUUUCCCAUGCCAUCGACACGCACUCCCCGUCGCGUCUCUCGGCCUCGAAGGUCGCUCUGGGUGACGAGGCCUCAGGCCCUUCCCUCAUGGACUCCACCCUUUACAUCCCCAGUGCACAGGAUCCUUCCCUCCUCACCCCCUCGCAAAUAGACCCGUCGCAGCUCACUCCCUCCCCUCCUACUCCUACGAUGGUUCAGUCUCAGGAACCUCCCCCUCCCGAAACCCCCGUCCCCCAACCACCCCCAACUCCUCCCACCCUCCAGCCAAGCCCAGGACUCCUGUCGAGGAUUGGGAGCUUCGUGGUCGAUCUCAGUGGCUACAACAAGCGAGCCGUCAGUUUCCUGGCCAGGAACUUCUACAACCUGAAGUACGCUGCUCUGGUGCUUGCCUUCUGUAUCAACUUCAUCCUUCUGUUCUUCAAGGCUACCGUAGUCGAAAUCGAAGAGGAGGAAGGCGAAGACACGGACGUCAACAACCCGUUCGCCUUCGGAUCCGGAGACCUCCUGGGAUCCGGCGACGAAGCCAUUCUCGGGGACGACGCGGCGGAGGAACUCGGCUCGGGCAACUUCACCCUCGGAGAAGACGACGACGAAGACGAGGAAGAUGAAGAGGAAGAGGAAUGGAUCCACAUGGACGACCGCUACUUCUACCUGUCCCACAUCUUGAGGAUGCUGACCGCCACUCACUCCAUCGUCGCGCUCUGCAUGUUGCUCGCUUACUACCAUCUCAAGAUCCCGCUGGUGAUCUUCAAGCGCGAGAAGGACGUGGCCCGACGACUGGAGUUCGACGGCAUCUACGUGGCCGAACAGCCCGAGGACGACGACAUCAAGGCCCACUGGGACAAGCUGGUCAUCUCGGCAAAGAGCUUCCCCAACAACUACUGGGACAAGUUUGUGAAGAAGAAGGUCCGUGAGAAGUACAGCGAGACGUACGACUUCGACGCUAUCUCGAACCUCUUGGGAAUGGAGACGACCAUGUCCUUCAAGCAAGAGGAAGUCCCAACCGGCAUCAUCGGAUACCUUUCUUCGGUCGACUGGAAGUACCAGAUCUGGAAGGCAGGCGUCACCAUCACUGACAAUCAAUUCUUGUACAACCUUUGGUACCUGACCUUCUCCCUGCUGGGCAACAUCAAUUACUUCUUCUUCGCUGCUCACUUGCUCGACGUGGCUGUGUCCAUCCCGUCACUGAAGACGAUCUUGCAGUCCGUCACACACAACGGCAAACAGCUCAUCCUCACCUGCAUGUUGCUGACGAUUAUCGUGUACUGCUACACUGUCAUCGCCUUCAACUUCUUCAGGAAAUUCUACGUGUCAGAAGAGGAUGAUGUUGUUGACCAGAAGUGCCACGACAUGUUGACGUGCUUCGUGUUCCACUUGUACAAGGGCGUGCGCGCUGGUGGUGGUAUUGGUGAUGAGAUCGAGGCUCCUGACGGCGACGAGUACGAGUUCUACCGCAUUGUCUUCGACAUCACUUUCUUCUUCUUCAUCAUUGUCAUCUUGCUGGCUAUCAUUCAGGGUUUGAUCAUUGACGCCUUCGGUGAGUUGAGAGACCAGUUGGAGUCGGUGAAGGAGAACCUGGAGAGCAACUGCUUCAUCUGCGGUAUAGGCAACGACUACUUCGACGCGGUACCGCAUGGCUUCGAUAUGCACACGCAGAAGGAGCACAACUUAGCUAAUUACAUGUUCUUCUUGAUGCAUUUGAUCAACAAAGAUGAGACGGAGUACACGGGUCAGGAGACGUACGUCUGGAACAUGUACCAAGAGAGGUGCUGGGACUUCUUCCCUGUCGGCGACUGCUUCAGGAAGCAGUACGAGGAGGAACUCUCUGGCGGAGCGUCUGCCAGUUGAGCUUAGACAGCCACUCAGCUCUUGUAGUAGUUAGGAUUUGUUUUAUUUGUUCGGGAAGAGCGAUCAAAUGUGGGCUAUGCUAGGUAUUUUUUAUAAACGUGUAUUAGAACCAGGACAAGCUGUUAGAAGGAAGCUUCGUUAUAUUGGCAAUUCAAAAACCACAUUUGAUAUUAAACUGUAGCUGAGAGAACAUCAAAAGAUAUUUAUACAGUAUAUAAAAAAAUUUUGGUGUUAGCGAGAAAAAAAAAAGAUUUUGAGAAAGAAACUUGACGGUGAUGUGGGCUGCCAUGCGUGAGGCUUGUGCUUGGCUAUCUCUCUCUCGCUCGAUACCAGGCCGAAAUCUUCCACAUUGGCUCUUGAUUUUAAGCCUCACUCAUGGUCGUUCAGAUAAGUUGUUGUAAAUCCUUGUUUUUUUUGGGAAAUCGUGCGAUGUAUUUAUUUAUUUAUCAUUUCGUGACUUAUUUUUGAGGGGGAGAUAAUGUAUUGAAAAGAAUGGGAAAUUUACAAGAUUACUGUCAGCGCCACUGUAUAUAGAACCGCUGGUUUUAUGUACAUUCCGCAAAGUUGUUGUUAACAUAGAUAUACUAGGAAAAUUAUAUGAAUUUAGACUUAUUGAAUUCUAUGAUAUUAAAGCAUGGGAAACUACAAGCACGUGUUAGCUUGGUGAACUAGAAGUACAUUGGAUACGUGGAUGAUUCAGAGAGUACAUUUUUUAUUUCCUUGAAUCAAAUUGAACGAAUGCAUUGCCGUUAGUUAAAACUCUGUGUACAGUGGUGAACUCCUCCAUAUGGUUCAAGGAAAAUGACUUAUUUUGUUAUUAUGUUCACAAGUAAGUAGUUCACUUUUGAAAGUGGUGUCUCUACUUUAGGGAGAGUUUUAGAAGUAGUUGUGGACGUGUGUGCGUGUGGGUGUGGGGUUACAUGUUGCUCUCCCCCCCACCCCCACGGACUUGGGCUCACCCCCAUCGGCUGUCCCCCACCAGCCAGGAAGAGGCGACCCCCCCCUCCCCCUCCUCAUCAGCGCCCCCACCCAAUACCGCACACAUCUUCAUCACAAUGUCCGUUAUUUGUCGCAGAAAUUGUAAGAUAAUCCUUUCAUGAGGCCUUAGUAGUGAGUACUAAGUACUAUGAUGAGUACUAUGGAGUCUGUGUUAAUACUGAGCUUUGUGUUUCAUCGAGUCUAGUCAGUGUUGUUUUAGGUGUAAUGGAUAACUCUCGUCUAAGAUGAUGAUUGUGCUCUUGAGAAUCUUUUGUUGUUGAUAAUAAUGCACAUGUUGUUAUGCAAUCAGAAUUCAGGCAGCGGGACCUUUGCUUCCUCCCCAAAGCCGACGGUGUACACUUUCCGUGCGCGAGAAGCCAGUGCUUGAUGAUCCAGACACGCAUAUCAAAUGUUAAGUAACAAAAUAGGUGAGGUGAUCAUGGGCGGCAAAAAAAGAGAAAAAGAUAAAAUGGAAGCCCACCACCUCACCCGCAGACUGGCUAGGAAUCUUCCUUGUUCCCUCCCGGCUCCCAGGACCUUCCUCCCCCGCCUUCGUUGCCUCAGAUAUCUUGUAAACUGCGCUCGCGACCCGCAAGCCCCCUUACCACCACCUUCCCCCUCCCCGGGUGUCGGAGGAACCUCCGGUUUCGCGUUACGGGUUCUCUGAGAAGCCCGUAUCCCGCGCGAAGGAGAAUUCAUGAGUCCUUUCCUCCCUCUUCCUUCGAGUCAUGAAACUUCGAAGCAUGACCCCUCAUGACCAUGCAGGCACAACGCAUGAACUUUUUUUUUUUAGUUGUUGGUCUUUGGAACCAGGUUACUCAGCCUCGCUCUUAUGGAACAGUUUCUUGUGAUUUUCUGUAUCCAAGCAUUACUCCAGCCUUUCGAUACAUUAAUCACACAGUUCAGAGGAGGCUGAGUACCUGGGUGUCCUCCGAAGGUAGUCACGACUGUAACGUGAUGAAGCAGGUCGACCUUGACCCCUGACCUUACCGAUGCAGUCAAUCUCCGAGUCUGUGAAACCUCCGAACCCGGGAUGGGAUUGCUAUGCAUUGUAGGCAUCGAGUAUUCGAUUGAAUUUUUACAUAGUUUUACUCUUUAGUUAAUAAAUAUCACAACUGAUA